CACGCCCAUGAAGAGGCGAGCCCAUGUCAACGUGAACAAGGCGGUCCCACCUCUGAGUACGCGCUGCAAGCGUUCUCCAAUUUCUCGCUCUCGACGGACGUCGAGUCGAUGGUGGUCAUGACCGUGAUCGUAUGCGACGUCCGGAAAGGCCACUCGGCGCCGUUCCACCGGUACCAAACACACUCGACCGUGUCAGCCUUCGACCCGACAAACCGAGCUGCAGCUCGGUUUAUCCGGUCGAAUGAAUUUGACACCCACAUGCAUUACGUCGACGACUACGUCGCUUAG